GGCGGCGGCCGGGGAAGGGGGGACGCGCAGGUCGUGUGCCCGGGCUCGGCGGUCCCCGCGGUGGCCGCGCCGGCCCCAGCCCCCCAGGCCCGGCCUUGACGGGCGGGCGGAGCAGCCAGUGGAGUCCGGGAGGCCGGCGGCGGGUGCGGGAACCUGAUCCGCCCGGGAGGCGGGAGGCGGGCGCGGGGCGGGGGCCGCGGGCGCGGGGCGGGCCGGACGCCCGCCGUCCUCCCCCAUUCAUUCAGCCGACCGCGGGGCCGAGGGGCUCCGGGGCUCCUGGCUCGCCCGCCGGCCGGGGACGCUCCCUCCGCCCUCCGCGCGCCCGGCCGCCCCGCGCGCCACCAUGUCCGACCCCGCGGUCAACGCGCAGCUGGACGGGAUCAUCUCGGACUUCGAAGCCUUGAAGAGGUCCUUCGAGGUGGAGGAAGCCGAGCCGCCCAACGCCACCCCGCCCCGCCGGGUCCAGACGCCCCUACUGCGCGCCACGGUGGCCGGCUCCGCCCACAAGUUCCAGGACCUGGGCGUGAAGAACUCGGACCCCCUGAGCCAGCGCUCGCCCAAGGCGGCCCUGCGCAGGGGCGACCUCCCGGGCCCCAAGGCGCCCGAGCCCGUGUCCCGCCGCACCGAGCUCUCCAUCGACAUCUCCUCCAAGCAGGUGGAGAAUGCGGGGGCCGCCGGGCCCUCCCGAUUCGGGCUCAAGAGGGCUGAGGGGCUGGGCCACAAGACGCCCGAGCCGACCCCCCGCCGGACGGAGAUCACCCUGGUCAAGCCCCAGGAGCCGGCCCUCCGCCGGAUGGAGGUCCCCGCCUCCAAGGCCCCCGAGGUGCCCCCCGCCCCCGCCGACGCGGCCCCCAAGCGGGUCGAGAUCCAGAUGCCCAGGCCGGCCGAGCCGCCCGCCUGCCCCCUCCCGCCUCAGACCCCGGAGAGUUCGGAGCCCCCGACGUCGCAGCCGCAGAGCCGGCUGGAGCCCAAGCUCGCUGCCACCGAGGGCCUCGCCAGGAGCCAGGAGGGUGAGUGGACCAGCCGCGCGUGCUUGGGGCCGCAGGGGUGGGCCGCCCCUCCCCCCCCGGGGCGUCUCCAGGCCUCUGCGAGGGAGGGGGCCCGGGCGCCCCCCCCCACGCCCAGCCUGCCGCCGGUCCCCGGCUCCCCAGGCCCAGCCGCAGGGGCCUUGGAAGCUGAGCUGGUCCGGGGCGCAGGGCUGAGGACUCGGCCACGGUGGUUUGCGCUGGACACCUGCAAGGAUCUGGUUAUCCCGCCGCCGCCGUUGCCCCUGCACACCGCGUGCCGUGACACGGGUCCCGGAGCACAGCAGGGGGAGCACCAGUGCCCAUCCGGGACGCUGGGCCCUGAAUCCCCACCGCCCGAGGUGACGCGUCACCCCACUGUGCCUGUAGCCCGGGACCCCUGGGCCGCCAGAGCCUCCUCCCAGCCCCGCUUCCUCUGA